AUGGCAAAGCUUCCCCCAUUCAGCAAGGCCGCGCAACGACCGCAAGCCGGGAGAACACGGUCCAAGGUCCUCUGGCAUCGCAUCAUCCGCUCGCUAUGCUACCUGAUCGCCUGCAUCUUCUUAAUCCUGGUGGUCAUCGGCAACGUCGCCGACAAACCCGUCAUUCGAGACACCUACUUCCUCAAGAUCGACCUGGCCAACAUCAUCCCACUCUCCGUCCCCAAUGCCGUUCUGAUCAAUACCAUUGCCCGGACCAUCGGGCUGCACGACUUCUACCAAGUCGGGCUCUGGAAUUUCUGUGAAGGUUAUCUGGAUGAGGGCAUCACGCGCUGCUCCAAGCCCAAGAAUCUCUACUGGUUCAAUCCCGUCGAGAUCAUCCUCAAUGAGCUUCUCUCCGGCGCAACCAUCGCCCUCCCCGCCGACAUCACCUCGGCCCUCAAGAUCGCCCGCAUCGCCUCGCACUGGAUGUUUGGCCUGUUCCUGACGGCGACCGUCCUCACCUUCAUCCUUAUCUUCCUCUCGCCGCUGGCCGUCUCCUCGCGGCCACCGCAGACCAUCUCCGCCGACCCGGCCAUCAACCAAACCCACCCGCAGCACCGCCGCCGCACCUUCGUCUUCCUGCGCGCGCUCCCCUUCCUGAUCCUCACCUUCGUGACCGCGCUCUUCACCAUCGUCGCGUCCGUAGUGGCGACCGUCAUGUUCGUUAUCUUCCGCAACGUCUUCACCUCGACCGACUACGACCUCAACAUCGGCGCCUCGCUCGGCACCCGCAUGCUGGCCUUCAUGUGGAUCGCCUCCGCGUUCACCCUCAUCGCCUUCAUCUUGCAGCUGGGGUCCUGCUGUGCCUCGUGCUGCGGCGGCCGGAAGGCGCGGAAGCAGCUGAGGCUGAACGAGAAGCAGCACCCCCACCACCACCACGAUCCAAAUGUCCCCGUCUCGGCCUCUUCAUCGGAAGGCUCGAAUGUCGAGAAGAGGGACGGCUUGAGGGUUUAA